AUGCAGCUGUACUUCCGAAAGCGUGAACCUGCUAGUCACUUAAUGGUGUUUAUGAUAGCUGAUGAACACAGGGAAUUUAAACCAUAUGCCAUUCCAGUUCGGGUCUUACCAGUUACCACGGUUACGGAUAACGAUAUGCGACAUUUGAGAGAUCAAUUGGUCGAUGCAAUGGAAGAGUUGGGGAUGAUAGUUGUUGGUAAGUUUAUAUAUUUAUAUAAUAUAAUUAUAUAAAUUUUGAUUGCGCUAAUCUGCAGUGUCUGCGAUCAUUGCUUGCAUGCUAGCUCGUUCCGCAUUUAUUGUUGUUCAUUUUGAUCAGAGGGUUUGUUACUGAUGGUGAAUGGAACUCGUUAA